AUGUGUUUCAAAACGGUUACCUGUGAGAAAAUAUUGAAAUAUUCGUGGAAUACUGCGAAUUCUUCAGCUGUGCUGAAACGUAGGAACCAUGCGAUACGGUCAGUGAAGUGUCCCACUGUCCGGAUCGCAUGGUUCCUCAAUGACAUCUUGGUGCAGCUGCUCAAGUACACAUCGUAUCGCCUUACUGACACCCAGACUUCAGACCAUUUUCAAGCACUGCAGAUUAACAGUGCUUGCGUUAUUGAGUCAUUCGACGUAGAAUUUCUGUACACGAACAUAACUGCACCAAGAUGUCAUGGUAGGAACCAUGCGAUACGGUCAGUGAAGUGUCCCACUGUCCGGAUCGCAUGGUUCCUCAAUGACAUCUUGGUGCAGCUGCUCAAGUACACAUCGUAUCGCCUUACUGACACCCAGACUUCAGACCAUUUUCAAGCACUGCAGAUUAACAGUGCUUGCGUUAUUGAGUCAUUCGACGUAGAAUUUCUGUACACGAACGUAAGCAAUGUGUCUGCUAUGGAAGCCAUAUUGGAACUCCCAAGUCAGCACCAGGGCAAGAAUAACAUGCAUGUCAGCCAGCUGAUGGGGCAAGGAAUGCCUCAACUAUAA